GUGAAGAAUGAAUACACAAUCUAAGAUGAGUUCCUUCUGACAAAAAAGAAAAGAAAAGUUUAUCUAAGAUGAGUUCCUUAGCAGUAGGCAAUAAGCCUCAUGUUGUCUGCAUUCCUUUGCCAUUUCAGAGCCACAUAAAGGCAAUGCUUCAGUUAGCUCAACUCCUCCACCACAGAGGUUUUCAUAUAACCUUUGUCAACACAGAGUUCAACCACAGGCGCUUUCUUAAAUCUCUUGGACCCAACUCUCUUGAUCACUUUCCUGAUUUUCGGUUUGAAACUAUUCCAGAUGGCCUUCCUAGUUCAGAUGAAAAGGACUCCCAAGACACCACUUUGGUCUUUAAAUCUGUCAGAAAACAUUUCUUGGCUCCGUUCCGUAACCUCCUCAACAAACUGAAUGGAAAUAUAAAUCUUCCGGUGACUAGCAUUGUCUCAGAUGGCUUCCUGACGUUCAGCAUCACAGUUGCCGAAGAACUAGGAAUUCCUAUAGUGCAGUUCUUUACUUUGGCGGCAGUUGGAUUCAUGAACUUCAAAUUAUUUCCCACUUUGGUGGAAAAAGGAUUUGCACCCCUUAAAGAUGAGAGCUGUAUGACAAAUGAUUUUUUGGACACGGUAAUAGAUUGGGUUCCGGGACUUAGGGAUAUCCGUUUAAGGGAUCUCUCAGGCUCCUGGAGAACUACAAACCCCGAUGACUUCAAGUUUAACUUUGCCUUAGAAGCAGUGGAGGGAGCUCAUAAAGCUUCGGCAGUUAUUGUUCAUACUUUUGAGGCGUUGGAGCCAGAUGUUUUGGAAGCCCUAUCCAGUACUACAUCUAUGCUUCCACCUGUUUACGCCAUUGGCCCUCUCCAAUUACUUCUCAAUCAGAUACCGGAACACCCUUUGAAGUCUUUGGGAUACAGUUUACGGAAAGAAGAAACUAAGUGUCUCCAAUGGCUAAAUGGUAAGGCACCAAACUCAGUUGUUUAUGUGAACUUUGGGAGUAUAGUGGUCAUGACAUCUCAUCAUCUCAUUGAGUUUUCUUGGGGACUUGCAAAUAGCAAGCUUUCAUUCUUGUGGGUUAUUAGACCUGAUUUGGUUGCUGGUGAAUCUGCGAUUUUACCAACCGAGUUUGUGGCUGAAACAAAGGAAAGAGGUCUUAUAGCAAAUUGGUGCCCACAAGAGAAAGUCCUUAACCAUCCAUCAGUCGGUGCAUUUUUAACACAUAGCGGUUGGAAUUCAACUAUGGAGAGUAUUUCCGCAGGAGUGCCUAUGCUCUGUUGGCCAUUAGUUGCCGACCAGCGGAUCAACUGUCUCUAUACUUGCUAUGAGUGGGGUAUUGGCAUGGAGAUCAGUAAUCAUGUGAAGAGAGACGAAGUACAGAAACUCAUUAAAGAGUUAAUGGUAGGAGAGAAGGGUAAGGAAAUGAAAAAUAAGGUCAUGGAGUGGAAGAGACUUGCAAAAGAGGCCGCUGGUCCACUUGGUUCUUCGUCCAUAACCUUAAACAAAUUAGUGUAUCAAGUGCUACUAAGCAAAGGUUAGAAUGUUAGAUGUUAUUCAUAUGACGGCCCCUUAAUUAAGUUUUUGUGGAUGUUAUUGGUUGCCUUGGUAAGUAACUACAUGUAGUAUAGGCAUAUACUGCCUAGUGGCGCCCAUUGUCUCAACUCUCUUUAACCAUCUUUAAUUUCAUUUGUGUUGAAGGAAAAUCGACUUAGUGUGCCUUAUCAAACUAGGAAUAGCAA